AUGGACAGCGAACGGCGCCGUCUAUUGCGAUUGGUGCCAGGCUUGAAAUCUUAUGUAUUGGGACGGCCAAAAAUAGAUCCUACAGAACCCGUCCUAUCUAGGCAGCCAGGUGGUGGAGUGGGAUCCGCCGAGCCCUACCUAUUCGCUUCGAGUGCAGUUUCAUCGUGUCGUAUAGCGCAGAGACCCUCGUCUUGUGUGCCCGCGGGUCUAUGGCGAGAUCAUGAUGUCAAGUUCGAGCAUCACGGUGAGAAGCAUGCAAUAUCCGCUACUAAAGAGAAUCCGGAUACAAAUGCCGGCACCGCCAACCCUCUCCCACCAAAGGAUUUGGGAAAAUGCCGCUACCUCUCCGAAUACUCUGUUGCGGACCUGCAUCUCGAUAACUCGAAGAAACCUAACUUUGAUUUUAUUGUCGUUGGCGGUGGAACGGCGGGCAGUGUUGUUGCAAAUCGGCUUACUGAGAAUUCCAAUCACUCCGUACUGGUACUCGAAGCUGGCGGCAUCGACACUGGUGUUUUAAACAUCGAAGCACCUUUCUUCAGUCUAUUUGCGACCCCCAACACGCCUCAGGAUUGGAACUUUACGACUACGCCACAACCUGGCCUCAACAAUCGUGCGGUACCCUAUCCUCGCGGCUUCAUAUUAGGCGGAACGAGCGCCGUCAACUAUUUGGUUUAUACCCGAGGAACUAAAGAAGAUUUCAACCGGUUUGCCCGUAUAGCCAACGACGAUAGGUGGUCAUGGGAUAGCCUAACCCCGUACAUGCAUAAGACUGAACGAUUUACUGAACCUGUCGAUCAUCACAACACCACUGGCUGGUUCAAUCCAGCGGUACAUGGCUUCAACGGACCCAACUCCGUGACGCUGAAUAACUUCCCGACUGAGAUCGAUGGUAGAGUCUUCAAUACUACGCAGCAAGAUCCUGAGUUCCCCUUUAACCUCGACAUGAAUUCUGGUUCUCAUCUUGGCCUUGGUUGGACUCAGUUGACGGCGUUCAAUGGCUCGCGAAGCAGCGCUGCCACAUCUUAUCUCGCUACCAAUAUCAUCGCUCGUCCAAACCUCAAGAUUUUGUUACAUGCUCGAGUAACGCGAAUACUCCCUUCCGCAAUUCACGAUUUCCGAACCGUCGAAUUUCAAGAUGCCCAAGGAAAGACCCACCUACUGACGGCAGGGAAAGAGUUGAUCCUCUCGGCGGGAAGUGUCAACACCCCAAGCAUUUUGUUACAUUCAGGCAUCGGAAACUCGACCACCCUCAGCGCAUUGGGAAUCAAGCCACAACAUAACUUGCCAUCAGUAGGACAGAACCUCACAGAUCACGCGCUGCUAUCACUCGGUUGGAGUGUUCAGACUGAAUCACCUGACGGGACAUUCGAUCCCAUCGUCCAGAACGCCACCGCACGCGCUGCGGCUAUCGCGCAAUGGCAAACCACCAAAACCGGUCGUCUGGUGAACGAUGUGUUGUCGCAGAUCGCUUGGCUUCGAGUCCCUGAUAACUCGAGUAUCUUUGAACGCUUCGCCGAUCCCUCCGCGGGGCCAAAUACCGCACACUAUGAGCUCCUCUUCUCUAAUGGCUUUACUGGGGCCCCGCCUGCUCCAGGAAAUUACUUCGGCAUUGUCAUGGCCGUUGUCUCUCCAUCAUCUCGAGGUUCGGUCACCAUCAACAGCACUGACCCACUCGCACCUCCGCUGAUCAACCCCAAUAUUCUUGGCACCGAACUCGACAUGUUUUUCAUGCGUUAUGCGGUCCGUAGUGCUUUCCGCUUCGCCGCUACACAGCCUUUCGCCAACUACAUUACCGCUCUGCCUGCGGGGUUAACGGGGAACGAGUCUGACGAUGAGUUGGAUGUUUAUAUUCAGAAUAAAUCGGGAACUGUUUUUCAUCCGGUCAGCACUGCGAGUGUCUCGCCCGUCGGCGCCGAGUAUGGCGUUGUCGACCCCGACUUGAAGGUCAAGGGUCUGAAAGGGCUACGAAUCGUGGACGUUUCUGUGAUGCCCUUGAUUCCGGCAGCUCACACGCAAGCAGCUGCGUAUAUAAUCGGGGAGCGUGCAGCAGAUAUGAUCAAGGAGAGUUGGUAG